AUGCACAAGUGCUUCUUCCUUCAGCUUGCCCUGGUAUUCUUCAUCAUUUUUUUCUUGCAGGAUUCGUCCUUUUCCGCAGACGUUUGUGGAGGGAUAACCAUUCAAGAGCCUUUUGACUCUGAGUUGAGACAGAUGCUCCUCUGCCAAUCGGACAAGCUCUACAUGAGAUCCACGGUGGGGCUCUUCGAGAUUUCCUCCAUUGAUUAUGUGAAAAAGCUUCUGAGCGUGAGAUUGAACCAGUGCGCUUCCGCAUCCAGUUUCGUGUCCCCAAACCAUCUGUCGGCCGGAUUCCCGCCUCCUCCGAUCCCGAAUUCGUUGGUCCUGUUGAACUGCUCGAAUACGACGAGGUUGUCGUCGAGCACGUUGUCGGAGCCCUGUAGUCGUGAUGGAUGGAAGUUGAGUGGAAGUUGUAGCCAUGGCUUUGGAUUAGGACUAAGAUCAGGAUUAGGACAUGAGUAUUCAUCAUCAUCUUCUUCUUCCAAGUGUGUGUUUGUCCGAGAUGUAGGGUUGCUGGGAAUGGAUUUAGAUCCUGCAGCAGGGGCAGAGGCGAUGAAGUGCACGCAUUAUUACAGUGCGGUGUACAGAAAGAAUGACGAUAUGUUGGAAGGGGGUGGGAUGAAGAUAUCCUUCGAGGUAACAAAUCCUUGCGACCGUUGUCGGAAGCCCGGCGGCGGAGAUUGUGGUGCGGCGUUGAGAUGCCUUUGCCAUGCCGCCGAGUGCAAGGAUAAGAUAAUUUCAGGAGGUGGCCUGAGGAAGAAGACGAAGAAGAAUGGCAGUGGCUUUACUUUCAUGGUGUUGUAUUAUUUGGCAGUUUGGGGAGUAAUAAUAAUAUUAUAUUGACGGGA